GUGAUGUGGUAAGUCUUAGACGGAUCCAAAAACAUAUCCUACUUUCACACGGGGAAAUACCAUAUACUAUGCUGCCGCGGGAUCAUGAUAUCAAAUCCUCGCCCUUACAGAAUGAUUCGUUGAAAAUGGGAUUAAAAUGCGUUUGCUCCUCGCAUAAAGCGGGAAGAAUAAUACGACGGAGGAUUUAUAUAUAUCCAUAGACAGUGAAGAGAGAGAAACGAUGAUGAUUAAGUCAGCCGCUAUCAGUGCAGAUUACUUGGUAUUCAGGCCUAUUGGGCUUCUCUUCUCUGGAAGUGAUUCAUCGCACUUUAAACAUCGAGGUGGCUCUAAACCAGAUUUUGCUGUCUCAGCAAAGCGCAAUUCAAAGCAGAAACUUUCACGGAACAGAGGAAAACUUGAACAGAAUACGAUCCAAAUCACACAGACUCCAUUAGAUGAGCUCGAUAGGGUUCCGAAUUCCAUUAGCGCUCCAAUUGAUAAUCCUUCUAGUCAAGAUGAUUUCAUUCAUAAGAGCAGUCAUGAAAUACUUGUUGAUGAUAAGAGCUCUCUUCGUAGGCCUUCGAGGGAUAGUGUGCUCCAAGCUUGUGUUCUCACAUCUGGCUCCAUAUUUGCUUUGGGAGCAAUAAUUCGACAGAUAUCUCAUAUUUCAUCCAUGGAAGGAUGGGCAGUCCCUGACACCCUAAUGGAUGUAUCAUUUGACUUUGAAUGGUGGCAUCUUCAAUUAAUCACAGGUUCCAUAAUAACAGUAUCAUCAUGCCGGUAUUUCCUUUUGAAGAUGUGGCCUGAAUUUGCAGAGUCUAGUGAAGCAGCUAAUCAACAGGUUCUGAGCUCUUUAAAUCCAUUGGAUUAUGCUAUGGUAGCUUUCUUACCUGGAAUAAGUGAGGAGCUCCUUUUUCGUGGGGCACUUCUGCCCCUUUUUGGGCUAAAUUGGAAGAGCGCCUUAGUUAUAGGGUCUCUAUUUGGAGCUCUGCACUUGGGAAAUGGCAGGAAACUAUCCUUUGCGAUUUGGGCUUCAGUUGUUGGGUUCAUUUACGGUCUCGGAACCAUUAUGUCCUCUAGCGUGCUUGUACCCAUGGCUUCUCAUUCAUUGAACAAUCUUAUAGGAGCUACAUUGUGGCGAUACAGUUCUAAGAACAAAACUGAAAUGUGAUCUGGUCCUAUUAUUGAAGCUACAGAAUUGUAAGAUAUAAAUGCCAUUUAAGUUCUUGAUGUGUACUAUUGUCAUCGUAUCCCCUUGAUAUGGAAUUUUGUCCAAGUGUAGAAAAUAUUGUUGACUUGAUAUAAUCAUACCCUGCAACCACUAUUUAGAUUUUUGAAAAAGGAUUUGGUUAAAAAAA